AAAAUAAAUAUUAUCAUCGGUCGUGACUCGUGUCUCGUGCAGUUGCUGCACGAAUUAAGAUAUAAAUCUUUGUCGGUGGGUUGCGGAAACGUUUACCGGCAUCUCUUAAUUUUUAAUUCGUGGUGCUUUAAUCUUUUUACUAUGCUGGUAUUGUUUGAUGUUUGAAGGAAUUUUUCGAAUGAAGUAAUUUUAAUAGUUCGUGAUUUUUCGGUAUUCAUUGUUGUCGGUAAUUUUUUUUUUUCGUUUGAUUAGUUUUAACGUGUUAAGGUGUAUGAGUUUUAAGUGUGUAAGAAACUAAUCAUAUUUUGUAUUUGCUUAGUUUUCUUUAGUCACACCGGGACGGCCGUAUUAUUGUAAUAGCUUAUAAUAAGCAAACGCCGCGAGUCAUACAAAAUAUUUUCGUCUGACGCAAUCCGCUGAUAUAAGUUUCAUUCUUUAGAUAACCCGUACAAUUGUAACCCUAAAAAUGGCGAUUCAGAGGAAAUAUCUUCUCCAAUAUAUUUCAUUCGUAAAUUAUGUAUUGAAAUCGUGUUUUAACAGAACCAAAUCUCUAGUCAUACGGUCAACAAUGCUUCGUGAUCUUAGAGUCAACAUCCUUUUUGGAACUGAAAUAAAAUUUAAAUGUGUUCCUGACAAUAUAUUGGAAAAACUUGUAACACAAUACUAUGACAAUAUAACAAUUCUAAAACACAAUUUAGAAAUUCACAAUUGUAUAUUCGUCAGCCAGGAAACAUUAAACAAAUUAAAAUUGAACAACAUGCAAUGGGUGCUAGUCAAUGUUAAAACUACAGUUUCCUGUAGUCUACCUUUGUCCCACUACAACAGAAUAAUAGUGUUGAACUCUUAUACAGAAUCUGAUUGCAUUCUAACUUCGACAAAUUUAUUUAAUCUAUGUAAUUGCAAUCAUACAUGUCAAGUUUGUCUGCUGAGAAUAAUCAAACCAUUAAGAGACUUUGAGCCAAAAAUAACACCAAAAGUAUCAAUAUCUGUGAUGAAACCUUUGGCAUUUAAUGCAGAAACACAAAAACUACUGGAUAAAAUACUUUACAAUUAUUUUUCUUUACCAAAAUGUGUAUCAAUAGGAGAUAUAUUAAAACUGGAUUUAAAAAAGACUUACCCAGAAACAGAAUAUUUAGUAGAGCCUACUAGUAUUACAAUUUACUACAUUAAAAUUGUUGAAGUAGAAGAAAGAAGUGUGCAAGUAAAUUUAUACAACUGUAAAAAUAAAUUUUAUAUAUCUAAUUUACAUACUAAAUUAAAUGAAGUUCAAUAUUCAACCAACACAUAUUUACCUAUGGAAAAAGAAUUUGCAAUAAAUAAUUUAAAAAAUUUAAGCAUAAAUAAUUUCAAUGAUUUUAUUUUGAACAUAUUUCCGGGUGGAAUGAAUGAUGAAGGAGAACUAAUUGUGUCAAUGAUAAAACCAUUUAUUCAACAGAUUCGUUCAGAUUUUCAUUCUUUAAAACCAAUUUUCUUGGUUUAUGGAGUUAAUGGAUGUGGCAAAGAAUUAUUAAUUGAAUCAGUGUCAAAAUACCUUGGAAUACAAUACAUAUCUCAAUGUUGUUUUAACUGGCCUACAAAUAAUAUUGCCCAAUUUAAAAAAAAAAUAGAAUACUUUUUUGAUGAAAUUAGAAAAAUGACACCAUGUAUAUUACACUUAGAAAAUAUUGAAGCUUUAUGUUUAUCUUCUACUAAAGAUUUAGAACAAGAAAUUUUGGAUUUAUUUAUCAGACAAAUAAAUGUCAAAACCAAUAAUCCUAUAAUAAUUAUUGCUACUGCUAACUCCAAAGAGGAACUAAGUCCUGUUUUCUUAAGACUAUUUUUGCAAAGUCUGCAAGUCGGAAAUUUAAGCAAAAUAGAUCGAGAACAAUUAUUGAAAUGGAUAUUGAAAAGAGAUUCUGUAGUAUUAGAUAACAAAAUGAUUAAAAAAAUUGUAGAUCAUACUUCUGGUUUCAAUUAUACAAAUUAUAUGACACUGCUGCUAUUAUCUGUAAAGAAUCAUAUGUCUGUACAUAAUAUUAAAUCUACUGAUGUCAUACUGGAUGAAGCUGAUAUAAUGACUUCAAUAGAAAAAAUAAAUUUAAUGUUUACUAAAUCAAUUGGAGCACCAUCAGUACAAGUUGUAAAAUGGGAUGAUGUUGGUGGCUUAAUGAAUGUGAAAGAAGAAAUUAUGUCUGCAUUGAAACCUUCAACAUUUAAUAUGAGGAGAUCAGGAAUAUUAUUAUAUGGUCCACCUGGAACUGGAAAAACAUUAUUAGCAAAAGCCGUGGCAACUGAAUGUAAAUACAACUUUUUAUCAAUUAAAGGUCCUGAAUUACUCAAUAUGUAUAUUGGACAAAGUGAAGCUAAUGUACGAGAAGUGUUUAACAAGGCUCGUUCAGCUAUACCGUGUAUUUUGUUUUUUGAUGAACUUGAUUCUUUGGCUCCAAAACGAGGUCAAAAUGGAGAUUCUGGAGGUGUUGGAGAUAGAGUUGUAUCACAAUUGCUAACCGAAAUGGAUGGAAUGACAUCAGAAAAUCAGCAAAUAUUUGUAUUGGGUGCUACAAAUCGACCAGAUCUCAUUGAUUCUGCACUUUUACGCCCAGGAAGACUUGAUAAAAGUGUUUAUGUUGGUGGUUGUAAUGAUAAAGAAUCAAAACUUCAUGUCUUAAGAGCAUUGACUAAAAAAUUUAACUUGCAUUCAAAUUUUCAUCUAGAAGACUUAAUAGACCACUUGCCAGAUCAAGUAACGGGAGCUGAAUUGUAUGGAAUGUGUCAUAAUGCAUGGUUAAAUUGUGCUAGAAGAGUUAUCCAACAACGACUAACACAUAUUAAUGGCGAACAAUGUAUAACUGAUGACAAUUUAAUGGUAACUGAAGAAGAUUUUAUGAAAGCUAUGAGUGAAAGUUUUAUUAUAAAGUAACAGCUUUACAUACUAAAUAUCAUAAAGAUAAAAUAAACAAGACUGAUAUUAU